AUGAGGCCUGUGCACGUUGCCCGACUCACGUUACUCCUUCGCCUCAUGGUUACUUUUUAUCUGGGCGUGGCAGGGGCGGUGGAGGUGCUGAGGGGCGGGCAAGAGGCAGGAGAGGAUGCGCCCUUCCUCCCGUGCAGCAACGUGAGUCACCCCCAGGACGUGUUCCAGUGUUCUCCCGGCCUCUGCGUCGCCCUGGAGCUGAGAUGCAACGGUGUACCUGACUGUCCUGAAGGCGCUGACGAGGCGGUGGUGGAGUGUGGUUGCCUGCCCAAUGAAUACCAGUGUGGGGUGACCUGCAUUGACCUCGGCCGUCGCUGUGACACCAGACCUGACUGCCCUGAUGGCGAGGACGAGAAGGACUGUGAGACGUACGAGUGCCCAGUGACUCAUUUCAAGUGUGACAACCAUUACUGCGUUCCCAGCGAGUUGGUGUGUGACUUCGACGACCACUGCGGCGACGGAUCAGACGAGCACCAGUGUCACCAUCGCAAGUGUUGGAAGGCGGAGUUCGAGUGUGACAACGGGCAGUGCAUCAGGCCAGGCCGCGUGUGUGACGGUGACGUGCACUGCAAGGACGGGUCUGAUGAGCGCCACUGCCGCCCAGGGGACUUUGCCGUGUGUGGGUCAGGGGCGAGAGUGCACCGCUACUACUGGUGUGAUGGCUGGCCCCACUGCAGCGACAACCACGCCGAUGAGCUCAACUGUGGGGAGUGCGGCGCCCCCGGGAGAGAAUACCGGUGCCCCAACACACGGUGCUUACCCGCCGCCAACGUGUGUGACGCGGUGUGUGACUGUCUGCCGGGCUGCGAGGACGAAUCGACGUGCGCCAACGCCAGUAACGCCACCUACUCCACUACUGACGGUGUGAGGAGGUGCCACGUGGGCCAAGCUUUGUGGUGCCAGGUGCCAAACAGAGACAGAAGGAUGGACCGCUGCAUCUCAGAGCCUCAUAUAUGUGAUGGUUAUAAUGACUGUCACAAUGGAGGCUACCUGUCUGACGAAUAUGGAUGUGAGACCAGCACGUGUCCAGGUGAGACAACGCAGAGUGGAGGUUCCCGUUGGUUCAGGUGUAAGGACGGACGCUGUCUUCCUCCCCAUUUACUGUGUGACCACAAGCCUGACUGUCUGCAUGGCGAGGACGAGGACAACUGCUCACGCACCGUCUGCAAAAGUAAUGAGUGGCUGUGUGAAUCUGGCCAGUGCAUUCCCGCCGAGGCUCGCUGCGAUCUUGUCUUCCACUGCUUAGACAAAUCAGAUGAAAUUGGAUGCGGUGUGGAGGCGUGUAAGGGGGACAGUCGCAGGUGUGGAGGGGGCCAAUGCGUUCCCUCCAGUCUGUGGUGUGACUGGAUACCUGACUGUCCUGAUGCGUCCGACGAGGAGAACUGUGAGCGGCCAGCUGAGUGUGAGGAGGGCAUGUUCCGGUGUGGCAGUGGGCAGUGUAUUGCCUUGGCGUACUUGUGUGAUGCUGCAGCCACGCCCAGACUCGCUUGUGCUGAUGAGUCUCACCUGCUGAACUGCUCUGGACACCUUUGCGGCCCUGGACUGUGGAAAUGUGACUCCGGUCCGUGCCUGCCGCCCUCCCACUUGUGUGACGGCCAGGUGCAGUGCCCGCUCACCUGGGAAGAUGAAGACCACUGUCCGUUCUCGUGUUCCUCGUCGGCGCCACAGUGCGAGUGUCGGGACAUCAGCAUCACCUGCCAGCGCCUCGGCCUGCACCGCCUCCCCAGGGACAUUGAACCACAGAUCUCCCGCUUUCACUUGUCCGGAAAUUUCCUCAACUUCUCCCUCGACGCAGAGACCUUCCUGCCGUACAGCCACCUCGUCUACCUGGACAUGAGUAACAACAGCCUCACCGUUCUGCCGAGUCACGUUUUCUUCAUGCUGGGUCGCCUCAAGAUUCUCGAUUUACGCAAUAACCUUCUCACAGUCAUGUCUAACUCAACCUUCCUGGGUCUGGCCAACCUGCGUACGCUACAUUUGGAAGGUAAUGCAAUCUCAACGCUGGAUGGAUGGGCUUUCUACGGACUCUCUUCUCUGUCCACUCUGGAUUUGAGUCAUCAGAAGUUGGGGAGGAUCGACCGCCACGCCUUCCUGGGACUACGAAGUUUGCUAAGCCUAAAUGCGUCACACAACAGGCUGAGAAGACUGACCAGCGGCUCACUCAGCGGACUCUCUACCCUGCUCUCUUUGGACCUUCGGGAGAACCAGCUGUCUGUAGUGGAGCCUCGUGUGUUCUCCUCUCUGGCGACUCUCCACCAGCUGUGGAUAGAUGAGUUCCGUUUCUGUUGUCUUGCGCGGCGGGUUCCUCACUGCUACCCACUGCCAGACCAAUUCAGCUCCUGCGAAGACCUAAUGACCAACGGCGUGCUGCGUGUAUGUGUCUGGGUGCUGGCCUCCCUCGCUCUCUCUGGGAACUCCUUGGUAAUUGUGUGGCGCCUCCUCUAUGAGACGGAUAAUAAGGUGCACUCGUUCCUGAUCACCAACCUAGCGCUGGGUGACCUGUGCAUGGGCCUCUACCUGUUGAUCAUCGCUGCUGUGGACGUCACCUACCGCGGCGUGUACUUCAUCUACGACGCUGUGUGGAGGACCUCGCCCCUCUGUCAGCUGGCGGGCUUCCUCUCUACUUUCUCCAGCGAGCUCUCUGUCUUCACUCUCACAGUCAUCACAGUAGAGCGGCUGGUGGUUAUUGUGUUUCCCUUCCAAGUGCCUCGCCUCACCAUGGCUGGGACGCGCACUAUAAUGGCCGUGGUGUGGGCGUGCGUCACCCUCCUGGCCGCCCUCCCGCUCCUCGACAUCCCCUACUUCAGGAACUUCUACGGGAGGUCUGGCGUGUGUCUGGCGCUGCACAUCACCCACGAGAAGCCGAACGGGUGGCAGUACUCCGUGUUUGUCUUCUUAGCACUCAACCUCGCCUCCUUCUCCGUCAUCGCCGUGUCAUACUGGCGGAUGUACCUGGCCGCCCGCACCUCCCGCGCAGCCGUCAGGAACGACUUUCAGCGGCGUGAGUCCAUCAUGGCGCGGAAGAUGACGCUCAUAGUGGUGACGGACGCCGCCUGCUGGCUGCCCAUCAUCCUGCUGGGCGUGGUAUCCCUCGCAGGCGUCACUAUCCCGCCCCAGGUGUUCGCGUGGGUGGCGGUGUUCGUGCUGCCCCUUAACGCUGCCAUCAAUCCGCUGCUGUACACUCUCUCCACGGCGCCCUUCCUCAGCAAGGCAAGACAGCGCGCCCGAGAUGUGCGCACCUCCUUCAGAUGGUCCCUGUCCCGCAGAGCUACCACUCUCUCCACCAGUGAGUACCGCGCCACGCUGAUAGCUCCGGUCAGGGCACUGUAGCUGUGGGGUCAUAUGCCGCCUCUUCCUUCAGGCGUGGUAGGAAGGCAGAGAGGUGAUGGGAAGGGACUGGUUUUAAAUCUUAU